AUGGCUGCUAUCAAGUCGCUCAAUCCAAAAGCUGAAGUUGCAAGAGCUGCUCAGGCUUUGCAAGUUAACAUCAAUGGAGCAAGAGGACUUCAAGAAGUACUUAAAUCUAACUUGGGGCCGAAAGGAACGCUGAAAAUGCUUGUUUCUGGUGCUGGAGACAUAAAGCUAACAAAGGAUGGAAACGUUCUACUUCAUGAAAUGCAAAUCCAGCAUCCUACAGCUUCUCUGAUAGCUAAGGUAGCAACAGCUCAAGAUGAUGUUACUGGAGAUGGAACUACAUCACUUGUUCUUAUUAUUGGAGAGCUUCUUAGGCAGGCGGACUCCUUUGUCGCUGAGGGUCUUCACCCUAGGAUUGUUGUUGAAGGAUUUGAACAAGCAAAAGCUAAGGCAUUAGAGGCGAUGGAGUCAUUGAAAGUGCCAUGUAAGGCAGACAGAGGAACUUUGGUCGAAGUGGCACAGACAUCGUUGAGAACAAAGAUUUCGCAACAAACAGCUGACAUUCUAGCCGAGAGUAUUGUAGAUGCCGUUUUGGCUAUAAGAAAAUCUGACGAGCCGGUCGACUUGCAUAUGGUUGAGAUCAUGCAAAUGCAACACAAGACUGACACCGAAACGAAGCUAGUGAAAGGUAUUGUAAUGGAUCACGGAGCUCGCCAUCCAAACAUGAAGAAGAGUGUGACGGAUGCAUUUAUUUUGACAUGCAACGUGUCAUUAGAGUACGAAAAGAGUGAGGUUAAUGCCGGCUUCUUCUAUAAGAGUGCUGAAGAAAGAGAAAAGUUGGUGGCUGCUGAGAGAGACUUUACGGAUGAGAGAGUGAAGAAAAUCAUUGCGCUGAAGAAAUCAGUCUGUGAAGGAACGGAUAAAGGAUUUGUUGUUGUCAACCAGAAGGGUAUUGAUCCAAUCUCACUUACUAUGUUGGCCAAAGAGGGUAUCGUGGCCCUCAGACGAGCAAAACGAAGAAAUAUGGAAAGGAUUCCAUUGGCCUGUGGUGGUUAUGCAGUCAAUUCAGUGGACGAUCUCACUUCCGACUGUCUAGGGAAAGCUGGCUCGGUUUACGAGCACACGCUGGGAGAGGAAAAAUUUACGUUUAUUGAAGAUAUUCCGAAUCCACAGUCUGUUACUAUUCUUCUCAGAGGUCCGAAUAAGCACACGCUCACGCAGCUAAAGGAUGCCGUACACGAUGGGUUGAGGGCUGUCAAGAAUGCAAUUUCGGAUGGGUUUCUUUUACCAGGAGCAGGUGCGUUUGAAGUUGCUGUUCAUGCAGCUCUCACUGAAUUCAAGACUUCUGUGAAAGGCAGAGCCAGGCUGGGUGUACAGGCUUAUGCUGAUGCUUUACUUGUGAUCCCAAAAGUCCUUGCUCAGAACUCAGGGUUUGAUCCACAAGAGACCCUAGUGAAGUUGCAGGAAGAGCAUAAAGAAUCAGGGCAGCCUGUUGGAGUUGAUGUGUCCACAGGUGAAGCAUUAGUUCCUGCGGAUGCUGGAAUUUGGGACAACUAUUGCGUGAAGAAACAAAUAAUCAACUCUAGCACCGUAAUCUCAACCAACUUGCUGUUAGUCGAUGAGAUCAUGCGUGCAGGCAUGUCAUCAUUGAAAGGAUGAAGCAAAAUCAGUCUAGAGGUUGACACUCAUGUGUUUGAGUUGAGACACGUGUGAGACAUUCUAUAGUUACUCUGAAGUCAUGUACCUGGUGUUUUAUCAAAUAAAACAUUCGCACGCCAA